CGGAGGCGGGGGUAGCGGCAUCCCCGCUAGGCCGGGGGCGAGUCACGGCCCUGCCGUGCUCUGCCCCGGGGCACAGACAAGGGGCUGCUCUGGGACGGUUUAUCUUUAAGGAAAAGGAGCUCUGGGUAAAACAUGUCGUGGAUCAGAGAGGGCGAGCUGACCAUCAUAGAGAGGUUCUGUGCCAACAUCAUUAAGGCAGGUCCAAUGCCCAAGCACGUCGCCUUCAUCAUGGAUGGCAACCGCCGCUACGCCCAGAAGUGUCACGUGGAGAGACAGCAGGGACACUCAGAAGGCUUUGAUAAGCUGGCACAGACACUACGGUGGUGCUUAAAUCUGGGCAUUCAGGAGGUGACUGUUUAUGCCUUUAGCAUUGAGAACUUCAAACGCUCCAAGGAGGAGGUGGAUGGACUGAUGGACCUGGCAAGACAGAAGUUCAGUCGCCUCCUGGAAGAACAGGAGAACCUGAAGAAGCACGGGGUGUGUAUCCGUGUCCUCGGGGACCUGCCACUCCUGCCCGUGGAUAUUCAGGAGCUGAUUGCCCAGGCUGUGCUGGCAACCAGGAACUACAACAAAUGCUUUUUAAAUGUCUGCUUUGCAUACACAUCGAGACAUGAGAUCAGCAAUGCUGUGAGGGAGAUGGCCUGGGGGGUGGAACAAGGACUGCUCGAACCCAGUGAUGUGUCAGAAUCCUUGCUCGAUAAGUGUCUGUACACCAACAACUCCCCCGACCCAGACCUCCUGAUCCGGACCUCUGGAGAGGUUCGCUUGAGUGAUUUCUUGCUGUGGCAGACAUCCCAUUCAUGCCUGGUGUUUCAAUCAGUCUUGUGGCCAGAAUAUUCCUUUUGGAACUUGUGUGAGGCAAUCCUUCGGUUCCAGAUGAACUACGGUGCUUUACAGAAGGCCAGAGACUCCUACAUGGAGGAGAGGAGGCGACAGCAGAUGGAAAGGGAUCAGGAUUAUGUGACAAGGAAGCUGCAGCAGGAAGGGUGUGCGUCCCACGGAGACUCCCGGCGCCGACGGACUCUGCUGCAGAAAUGCACGGCCAUGCGGGAGGAGAGGAUCCAGGGCUUCCUGCAGGCACUGGAGCACAAGAGAGCAGACUUCUUUGAGAGAUUGUGUACGGUGUCUGCAUGACACAGGGGCUGGGUUACCUCAGGAAGACAACUUUUAGAGGGAGCAGCUGCUGCCCAGAGGAGCUGGCUCGCUGUGGCCCUGCAGCGGGGCUGCUCUAGGACCUGCCGUCCCCGCUGGCCCUGCAGGGACAGGGACUGUGACCCUCUCUAGUGCUGUGAAUGCUGCUGAGGAAGGUGAUGCCGUCCUGUCUCACCUCCCUGCCACAAUGGCAGACAAUACCUGCACCCUCGUGACAAGAAGUUAAACUGCAGUGAGCCUCCAGUUCUGUUUGACUCCUCAUGGAUUGGCCCAGCCAAACCAAUUCAGUCCCAUUAAAUCAGUCCUGGGCUUGAAUUCUUUCCAUGGCUUUGCAGAAGGGAAUCUUCUGUUGAGAUUUCCUCUGCUGUCCCAUCAGGGGAGCCUUGCUUUCUGGCAGGGAGAGGGUUAUUCCUGGUGUCAGGGACAUUCCCCACUGCCUGCCUUGGGAUAGCAUCUUGUCUUUUCCCCACCUGACUCUGCUGGGUUGGAUAGAUCUGCUCUUGGCUUCCAAAGAGCUAAAGAAGGUGUUGCCAGCCUUGCUGUGAAGAAAAAAAUACUCCAAAGCUUCACCAGGUCCUGUGAUCCAUCUGAGCAGUGUGGGGAAAACCCAAGUGCAGAAGAUGCUGGUGUUGGACCAAACUGACCUUGGGAAAGGCUUCGGGCAGGCAAGGAAAAAGGAUUGGUUGGGAAUUAACCUCAUGGCUUAGAAGGGAAAAGAAGUUAGCUAAACCCAGGUGAUGGCUACAGUAUGCCAAACCCCUCUGAGCCCUCUCCAGAGACGAGUUCCAGGGAAUAUGGGUGGGCUUAAUUCAGGAAUACAGUAGCCAAACCCAACCUGACCCCAGCCAAAAUGGUUCAGAAGGGCUAUUUGGCUGAUUUUAGCAGGAGUGGCCGGAGCAGCUGUGGAGUGUUGUUUGUUCUCAGUUUUCCAUUGGCAGGGAGCUGGACAAGCUGAUUUCCAAGAUUGUUUCCAUCUCUAAUUUCUCCUGUUUUCCGUCCCCGUGGUCAAAAUAAGUGAAAAUGUCUGGAUUUUUUGUUGUUGUUGUUGUUCCUGAUGCACACACAGGUGCGGCAGUACCAGCUAUUGCUGGGUUUAAAGUGUUUCUUUUUACCUCCAGGUGAAAACUAGAAAAUGCAGGUUUAAAAGACUUGUAAGUGCUGCAGAGUGAGCACUUGGCAUGUGAUUGUGAAGAGGAUAACUGCGUUGUCAAACGAGGAAUAAAGCAUAUUCAUACCAAA